GGGACUGAUUCCCUCUAACUCUGGAUCCACCGAAAGGCACACUCCCAAUCUGCACUCCAAACUGACCGCCAUGAGCACAGCUAAGAUUCUGCUCCACCAGCCUGGCUUUCGCCAUGACUAUCUCUACUAAAAUAGGCUCAAACACUCUCACUCCUCCACUGAUGCGGUCAUUUAGACCCCUCAAGAAGUGCUGAACUAGCAUUGCCUCAAGUUUAGAUCGGUGUUUCGCCAUGCAUCCGUAUGGCAGUAACACCAAGGCCAGAUGCACCAUCAUGCAUCUUGAGAGUUUUGCUUCUAUCUGGUGGCGGUUGGAGGAGGAGAGGAUCGGUUUGAACAUUAGCACCGUGUCUUGGGAGAUUUUCCUGGAGAGAUUCAGGGCACGCUUUCUCUCACCUCAGUGGAGAUAGUCUCGGGCAGAUGAGUUUUAUGCUUUAUGCCAGUUUGGCAUGUUUGUCGAUCAGUUUGAGCAUAGGUUUUAUGAGCUCAAACAGUAUGCUGGUAUUGGAAAUGACGAGGGGUCUAAAUGACCGCUUCAGUGGAGGAGUGAGAGUGUGAGCCUAUUUCAGUAGGGAUAGCCGUGGCGAAAGCUAGGCUGGUGUAGCAAAAUCUUAGCCAUGCUCAUGGCGGUCAGUCUGGAGUGCAGAUUGGGAGUGUGCCUUUUGGUGGAUCCAGAGUUAGAGGGAAUUAGUCCUAGACUGCUGCACCUUUUAGGAGUUCUCAGGCACCCACUAAGGGUGGGCAGUAGCAGCAGAGUUUUCAGUCAAGGCCGAAGCAGUUUUAGGGCCAGCAGGGUGUCAACUCUCAGCAUAAGAAGAAUAGGAACUGGCAGAGGAGUAGGCAGAGUUUCCUAGGGCAGUCCUCUCAGGGUGCGUCUUAGGCUCCUAGUAGGGGUAGUUUCCAGUAGUCCAGUGGGUCGUCUAGUUUUAGAGGACCUAGUAGGGGAGCUUGCUUCUCCUGUGGUCAGUUUGGCCACAUAGCCGCUUAGUGCCCUCAGCGCUCUCAUCAGACAGGUAGUCAAAGGCCAGCAACGUCAGAGCCGACAGUGGGGGAUGCAAGUAGAUCCCAUAGAGUUUUUGCGAUGGUUGAUGACCGCUAGGCCGAGCACCAGGGUACAAUGAUCGAGACUGGAGAUGUGUUGGGUGGUAUUCCAAUCUCUGUAAUUUUUGACUCCGGUGCUUCUGAUUCUUUCAUUUCUUCCUCCAUUGUGGAGUGGUGCAGGCUCGCGUCUGCUAAGCAGGCGGAUAGGUGGCAAGUAGAGUUGGCUACUGGUUUGCGUGUGUCCAUAGAUACCCUCAUUCCCAAUUGUGAGUUGGACCUAGGACCCUUUGUUACUUCAGUUGACCUUUGAGUCAUUCCUUUGGGGUUCCUGGCGGGGCAUUACAUGAAGUCACAGGAAAUAUAUGUUUUCUGUCUGUUCCUGCCAUUUCUUUGAUUGUGAAUUUACAAGGCAUGUCGUCUUGUAAGGCUUUAUGCAUUGUAAAUGCUCAUAACUUGGCACGAUUUUCAGAAUAUUUCUGUUGGUUUUUAUCAGCUUCAAUGCCCAUUAAUGUAUUCUGAAACAUUUGAUAUAGCAAAACAAGAAAUUUUCUGUAAUACUAAACGAGAAAAAUCAAAAACAAUUUAUUCUUGUAGCGGUGUGUUUAGAAUCUUGAGCUGCAGGUUUUCAAGUACCAAAGCUUUCAACAAGUGGAUGGGCGGCAAACUACCUACCAGGCCACCAUACCACACUUUGACUGCAAGCAGAAAUAGCUAUGUCCAAGUGCUUAUACUGCUGCAGUCUACAGUGCCCCCAUUCCUCACAAUGGUUAACUUUGUUUCUUGCCUUAUCUUGAUUUUUUGUUUUUCCCUCUCGUCAUGUGCUUGAUCUGUUUCUUCUCUUUUCUUUCACCAGAAAUGGAGGUCCUGUCCCUGAACUAUCGCAUCUGGGCGGAUUGCCUCGAUCUCUUUGGGUGUGAGACUGCAUCAAGUGGCCGUGCGGCAAAGCUUAUGUUCCUGGACUCAAACAAAUUAGUUUCAAACUGCAACCUGACAACUCUUCAAAGUUGUAAUUACUGAAGAUUUAUUCAGGAGAUGAUUCCGUUUCCAGUUGGACUUACUUAAAUUGUUAUGCAUGCUGUAUCAUCCAUGGAAAAUUGGAGUGAAUGAAGCUGUUCAUGAAUAUGCUUGGGUUUUGUGCUUGCUGACUUGGAUUGCUAUGCAGCACUGUGAUCAGAGUGGGGCAAUUCAAAGAGAUUUGGCCGGUGUUUGUAGAUGGAUGCUGACCAAUGGCUGCAAUGUUGGAAUUUAUCUAGAACUGGAAAACUGACUUUAAACUACUUCUUAUGCAGGUACAGGGCUGUGAACAAUGUGUCCAAGUAUGGAGGUUCUUCCUGAGCAUUUGGCCACAAAAGGAUGUGAUGAGCCUUUAGAACUUGUCUCAACUUAAAAAAUGAGGGAUAUGCAAUCAGUGAAUGAAAAUCUUGAAAAGCUAGAUGUAGGAUAUGGGCAAUAUGGUUGUUCCCAUCAUAGACGGAGGUGUAGUAUCAGGGCCCCAUGUUGCAACGAGAUCUUUGAUUGCAGACAUUGCCACAAUGAGGCAAAGAAUGCUGUGAAUGUUAAUCCACAAGAGAGUCACGACAUUCCUCGUCAUGAGGUGCAGCAGGUUAUCUGUUCAGUAUGUGGCACUGAACAAGAUGUUAAGCAAAUAUGUGUCAACUGUGGGGUGUGUAUGGGCAAAUACUUCUGUGAGAUCUGCAAGUUCUAUGACGAUGAUCUCUCAAAGCAGCAAUACCACUGUGAUGGUUGUGGUAUUUGUAGAACUGGGGCACGAGAUAAUUUCUUCCACUGCUACAAAUGUGGUUGCUGCUAUUCAGUUGCAUUGAAGGAUUGCCAUCCGUGUGUAGAAAGAGCAAUUCAUCAUAACUGGCCAGUUUGCUUUGAGUUUUUUUUCGAAUCUACAAGGGAUAUUAGUGUACUCCCAUGUGGCCAUACCAUUCAUAUGGACUGUCUGAAGGAGAUGCAUCAGCAUCUGCAGUUUUCAUGCCCUGUUUGCUCCAAAUCAGUUUGUGACAUGUCAAGAGUAUGGGAAAAACUUGAUGAAGAGGUUGCAGCAACACCAAUGCCCGCAUCCUACCAGAAUAAGAAGUGGGAACAUUGUUUUUUAACAGGUAUGGAUUUUAUGCAAUGACUGUGGCACUACUUCAGAAGUCAAAUUUCAUAUUGUCGCACACAAGUGUGCAAAUUGCAACUCGUACAAUACACGGCAGACUAGAGGCUGCUCUCCUUAAAACGUGUCAUACCUAAUGGCAUUGCUUUUAUAUUUUGGUGUUGACCUGCCUGAGGUCUAGCUUUCUUGCAACACGAAAUUCAGUUGAAGUCUGAAGUCAGAAGUCAUGCUGUCAUGGUGGAAACUGCUUCUUUAGUUUUUGCCAUGGCCAUCUCUGCUAUAGUGUAUGUUGUAAUGCAUACAUUUAAGAAAGUGCAACAUUGCCAAUGUCCUACAAAGAUUUCUUGCGGCAGAAUUGUGUAAGCAGCAUUUGUAGUAUAGGUCUGUGAACAUAUAUUAGACCUGCUAGGACAACUUGAGGGAUUUGCAUUGCAGGUCUAAGAACAUAUGUGAGACCUGUUAGGGAGAAAAGCUUAAAUAGAGUUUUCUGGUAUGACACACAUGCUAUGAUAGCAUUGUAAUCCCUGUACACUGUAAAAUCUUUAAGCUGAUUGAAGCAUUUGGUUUGUA